AUGGCCAUCUCCAAGAUUAUCAUCGUGGGCGCGGGGCCAUCCGGUCUGCUUUUGGCACUACUUCUCGCGCGCGCCGGCGUAACCGUCGAGCUGCUGGAGAUGACGCACGAGCUCGACACGAACCCCCGCGCGAGCCACUACACGUCGGACAGCUGCGUGAUCUUCGACAGGGCGGGGAUUCUCGACCAGGUGCGCACCGAGGGCUUCAGCCCCAACGGCGUGUCGUGGCGCAAGCUCGACGCCGACAAGACUCGGCUCGUCGCGCUCAGCAACCCGGACCCGGCACCAGGGGAGGAGAACGACCCGCCGUUCCGGCACCGCAUGGUGUGCCUCCCACUGCACCGGCUGGGCAAGAUCCUCGAGACGGCCGUGCUCGCGCAGCCCACGGCAUCGAUCCGCUACGAUUACAAGGUGGUGGAGCUGGGGCAGGAUGACGACAGAGCUUGGGUGCGCGUGGAGGCGCCCAACGGCAUCACCGAGACCCGCGAGGCUGCCUACGUGGUGGGAUGCGACGGUGCCAACAGCACAGUACGCCGGCGCCUGUUCGGCGACUGGGUCUUCCCCGGCUUCACGUGGGACCGCCAGAUCGUCGCUACCAACAUGUACUACGACUUCUCGCCGUAUGGCUACGACGACAGCCAGUUCUUUGUCCACCCAGAGCACUGGCACAUGGUUGCCAAGAUCCAGACCGACGGCCUGCACCGCGUCACGUAUGGCGAGGUUGGCGGACUGACCCUCGACGAGCUGCGCGCCCGCCAGCCGGCCAAGUUCCAAGCCGUCUUGCCCGGCAAUCCAACGCCCGAACAGUAUAGGCUCGUCAAUUUCAGCCCCUACAAGGUGCACCAGCGAUGCGUCGACAAGAUGCGCGUGGGGCGGUUUCUGCUAGCUGCCGACGCUGCACACCUGUGCAAUCCAUUCGGAGGCCUCGGGCUCACUGGCGGCAUUGCCGACGUGGGGAGCCUGUACGAGGCAUUCGUGGGGAUCCAUACAGGUCAAGCCGACGACUCCAUCCUCGACAAGUACGACGAGGUUCGCCGUCGCAUUUGGCAUGACAUUAUCAACCCAGUCUCGUCUGACAAUAUGCGGCGGCUGUUUGAGUACCCAGACGCAGACGAGGCAAUGGAGAAAGACCCCUUCUUCAAAAUGCUGGCCGCGGCUCAGAAUGUCGCGGCCCACAAGGAAGACGGGGAGAGUGGCGAGGGAGAAAUCUUGUCGCCACCACCCGUAAGUUACCCUUGA